CUAAGUUGGAAGACUCUCUUAAGAAGUCAGUGCUACAGAUAGAACGGCUGCAAAGUAUAAGAUCAUCCCAACAAACAACUUUGAACACAAUAAAAAAUUCAGUUUCAACUCCUUCAGCAAAGUUGAAUGGAUAUCAGUUGCUGCCACCUCACUCAUCAGCUCCUGACAGAGUGGAGUCCAUGGAAGUUGAUCAUACUCCUUCCCCAAUGAGAAAACCUGAGAUAACAGGUGGCCCUUCGAGAAUCUCUUUGAUUAGCCCACCACAGGAUGGACGCAUGGGCAGCAUCUCCUACCAGGGCGCUCAGCAUCUGAGCCUGACGCCAAGUCAAACAAGCACGUCAAAGGCCCUCAGGAUCUGCUCACCUCGGGAGAUUUACACAAGAAGGAUGAGCACUUUCCUGUCAUCCCUAUUUGUGGAUUUUCCAGCUUCUCAGUCAGGCCAUCAGCAAAUAUGCAUUAGUAGGCAGAUUUAA